UCGUGGCCUACCGCUGCCGGACGUGCGGCAUCUCCCCUUGCAUGUCGCUGUGCGCCGAGUGCUUCCACCAGGGCGACCACACGGGACACGACUUCAACAUGUUCCGCAGCCAGGCCGGGGGCGCCUGCGAUUGCGGGGACAGCAACGUGAUGCGGGAGAGCGGGUUUUGCAGAAGACAUCAAAUUAAAUCAAGUUCAAAUAUCCCUUGUGUCCCCAAAGACUUACUGAUGAUGUCUGAAUUUGUGCUUCCAAGAUUUAUUUUUUGUCUCAUUCAGUACUUAAGAGAAGGCUAUAAUGAGCCAGCAGCUGAUGUACCAUCAGAAAAAGACCUUAGCAAAGUUCUUCAGCUUUUGGAACCUCAAAUUUCCUUUUUAGAAGAUCUAACUAAAAUGGGAGGAGCGAUGCGGUCUGUUCUUACUCAGGUUUUGACAAACCAACAGAACUACAAAGAUCUGACUUCUGGUCUUGGAGAAAAUACUUGUGCAAAGAAAAGUCACGAAAAGUACCUUAUAGCUUUGAAGAGCUCUGGACUUACCUAUCCUGAGGAUAAACUUGUAUAUGGUAUACAGGAGCCAUCUGCUGGCACUAGCACUCUGGCAGUUCAAGGUUUUGCAGGUGCAACAGGGACAUUGGGACAACUAGAUUCUUCAGAUGAGGAGGAUCAGGAUGGAAGUCAAGGUCUGGGCAAGAGAAAAAGGGUCAAACUAAGCAGUAGCACCAAAGAUCAAUCCAUAAUGGAUGUUUUGAAACAUAAAAGUUUCCUAGAAGAACUAUUGUUUUGGACUAUAAAAUAUGAAUUCCCCCAGAAGAUGGUAACUUUCUUACUCAAUAUGCUUCCAGAUCAAGAGUAUAAGGUUGCUUUUACAAAAACUUUUGUUCAGCAUUAUGCUUUCAUUAUGAAAACACUGAAGAAAAGUCAUGAAUCAGACACGAUGUCUAACAGAAUUGUUCAUAUUAGUGUUCAGUUGUUCAGCAAUGAGGAGCUGGCAAGACAGGUAACAGAAGAAUGUCAGCUGCUGGAUAUUAUGGUCACUGUGCUAUUAUACAUGAUGGAAAGUUGCCUUAUUAAAAGUGAGCUACAAGAUGAAGAAAAUAGUUUACAUGUGGUAGUGAACUGUGGAGAAGCGUUGCUGAAGAAUAACACUUAUUGGCCUCUUGUCAGUGAUUUUAUUAAUAUUCUUUCUCAUCAAAGUGUGGCUAAGAAAUUUUUGGAGGACCAUGGUCUGUUAGUUACAUGGAUGAACUUUGUAUCUUUCUUUCAAGGUAUGAACUUAAACAAGCGAGAACUAAAUGAGCAUGUGGAAUUUGAGUCUCAGACCUACUAUGCUGCCUUUGCUGCUGAACUUGAGGCAUGUGCACAGCCAAUGUGGGGGCUUUUAUCACAUUGUAAAGUGAGGGAAACCCAAGAAUAUACUCGAAAUGUUGUUAGAUAUUGCCUUGAAGCUCUUCAAGACUGGUUUGAUGCAAUUAACUUUGUAGAUGAGCCAGCUCCCAACCAAGUCACCUUUCAUCUGCCACUACAUCGUUACUAUGCUAUGUUUCUGAGUAAGGCUGUGAAAUGUCAAGAACUAGAUUUGGAUUCUGUUUUACCAGAUCAGGAAAUGUUAAUGAAACUAAUGAUUCAUCCACUCCAAAUUCAAGCAAGUCUUGCUGAAAUCCACAGCAAUAUGUGGGUAAGAAAUGGUCUGCAAAUCAAAGGACAAGCCAUGACCUAUGUUCAAUCUCAUUUCUGUAAUUCCAUGAUCGAUCCUGACAUUUACCUAUUACAGGUUUGUGCUUCUAGACUUGACCCAGAUUAUUUUAUUUCAUCUGUCUUUGAAAGAUUUAAGGUAGUGGAUUUGUUGACAAUGGCGUCGCAACAUCAAAACACAGUACUUGAUGCAGAGCAUGAGAGGUCGAUGUUAGAAGGCGCUCUUACAUUUCUUGUGAUUCUUUUGAGUCUUCGUUUACAUUUAGGAAUGUCUGAUGAUGAGAUUCUUAGGGCAGAGAUGGUAGCCCAGCUGUGUAUGAAUGACAGGACACAUAGUUCAUUGCUGGACCUCAUUCCAGAAAAUCCAAAUCCCAAAAGUGGCAUUAUUCCGGGCAGUUAUAGCUUUGAAUCAGUUUUAUCAGCUGUAGCUGAUUUUAAGGCUCCUGUUUUUGAACCUGGAGGUUCUAUGCAACAAGGCAUGUAUACUCCUAAAGCUGAAGUCUGGGAUCAGGAGUUUGACCCCGUCAUGGUCAUUCUUCGAACAGUUUACCGUAGAGACGUGCAGUCUGCAAUGGACAGAUAUACAGCAUUUUUAAAACAGAAUGGAAAAUUCCCUGGAAAUCCUUGGCCUCCUUAUAAGAAAAGGACACCACUCCAUCCCAGCUAUAAAGGUCUCAUGAGACUAUUGCACUGUAAAACUUUACAUAUUGUGCUAUUCACUCUGCUUUACAAGAUUUUAAUGGAUCAUCAAAAUCUGUCAGAACAUGUACUCUGCAUGGUUUUAUAUCUGAUUGAAUUAGGACUUGAAAAUUCAGCUGAUGAGGAAUCAGAUGAAGAGGCAUCAGUGUGUGGACCAGAACGUUGUCAUGACAGUUGGUUUCCUGGCAGUAAUUUAGUAGCCAACAUGCGACACUUUAUAAACUAUGUUAGAGUGAGAGUUCCAGAGACUGCUCCUGAAGUGAAGAGAGACUCACCUGCAAGUACCAGCUCUGAUAGCUUGGGUUCUUUACAAAGUUCACGAAGGCCUAAAGUUCUUCAAAGAGAGAAUUCUGGUACAGCCCAAGUUUUCAGCUUAGUAGCAGAGCGUAGAAAGAAGUUUCAGGAGAUCAUCAAUCGUAGCAGCAAUGAAGCAAAUCAGGUGGUUCGUCCUAAAACUUCAAGUAAAUGGUCUGCUCCUGGUUCAGCUCCACAGUUAACUACAGCCAUUUUGGAAAUUAAAGAAAGUAUAUUGUCUUUGCUAAUUAAACUUCACCACAAACUCUCAGGAAAACAAAACUCCUACUAUCCUCCUUGGCUUGAUGACAUAGAAAUUUUGAUCCAACCAGAAAUUCCUAAAUAUAGUCAUGGAGAUGGUAUAACUGCGGUAGAAAGAAUUUUACUAAAAGCUGCAUUGCAAAGCAGAAUGAACAAACGUAUCAUUGAAGAGAUAUGUAGAAAAGUGACCCCUCCUGUACCACCCAGAAAAGUCACUGCAGCAGAGAAGAAAACAUUGGACAAAGAAGAAAGGCGACAAAAGGCUAGAGAGAGGCAGCAAAAAUUGCUUGCAGAGUUUGCUUCACGACAAAAAAGCUUUAUGGAAACUGCAAUGGAUGUUGAGAGAUUUUUCUUCUCAGAUUCUCCAGAGAAUGAUAUUCCUAUGGAGAUCACCACAGCAGAACCACAAGUUUCUGAGGCAGUAUAUGAUUGUGUUAUUUGUGGGCAGAGUGGCCCCUCCUCUGAAGACCGACCUACAGGAUUGGUUGUUCUGUUACAAGCAUCCUCAGUUUUGGGGCAGUGCCGUGACAACACUGAGCCAAAAAAGUUGCCUAUCACUGAAGAGGAACAGAUUUAUCCUUGGGAUACAUGUGCAGCAGUUCAUGAUGUGAGGCUUUCAUUAUUACAGCGUUAUUUUAAAGAUAGUUCUUGUCUCUUGGCAGUAUCAAUUGGCUGGGAAGGAGGUGUUUAUGUACAAACCUGUGGACAUACAUUACAUAUAGAUUGUCAUAAGUCUUACAUGGAAUCAUUACGGAAUGACCAGGUUCUUCAGGGGUUCUCCGUGGACAAAGGAGAAUUCACCUGUCCUCUCUGCAGGCAGUUUGCGAACAGUGUUCUUCCUUGUUAUCCUGGAAGCAAUAUGGAAAAUAACCUUUGGCAACGUCCUAGUAACAAAAGCUUACAAGAUCUCAUAAAGGAAGUGGAGGAGCUGCAGGGACGGCCGGGAGCUUUCCCAUCUGAAACUAACUUAAGUAAAGAAAUGGAAUCUGUAAUGAAAGAUAUAAAAAAUACUACUCAGAAGAAAUAUAGAGACUAUAGCAAGACCCCAGGCUCACCAGACAAUGAUUUUCUUUUUAUGUAUUCUGUUGCUAGAACAAAUUUGGAACUUGAAUUAAUACAUCGAGGAGGCAAUUUGUGUUCAGGGGGUGCAAGCACAGCUGGCAAAAGGUCUUGUUUAAAUCAACUGUUCCAUGUAUUAGCCUUGCACAUGCGGCUUUAUAGCAUUGAUUCUGAGUUUAAUCCCUGGAGAAAGCUUACUCAGUUAGAAGAGAUGAAUUCGCAGUUGGGAAAUGAAGAACAACAGCCUGAGGUUCCAAUUCUUUAUCAUGAUGCUACAUCCCUUUUGCUCAUCCAGAUUUUAAUGAUGCCACAACCCUUACGCAAAGACCACUUCACCUGCAUUGUGAAGGUGCUUUUUGCCCUACUGUACACACAAGCUCUUGCAGCACUUUCAGUCAAAUGCAAUGAGGAAGAUAGGUCAGCCUGGAAACAUACAGGAGCUCUCAAAAAGAAUACGUGUGAUGCAGAAAAGUCUUAUAAAGUGCUAUUGAGCUUUGUGAUAAGUGAACUAUCUAAAGGAAAGUUAUACCAUGAAGAAGGAGCUCAGGAGUGUGCAAUGGUUAGCCCUAUUGCUUGGUCUUCUGAAUCCAUGGAAAAAUACUUGCAGGACUUCUGCUUACCUUUCCUCAGAAUCACCAGCCUUCUUCAGCAUCACCUUUUUGGGGAAGAUUUACCUAGCUGCCAGGAAGAAGAAGAAUUUUCAGUUCUUUCCAGCUGCCUGGGACUUCUGCCAACAUUUUACCAAACAGAACAUCCCUUCAUCAGUGCCUCCUGUCUGGAUUGGCCAGUUCCAGCAUUUGAUAUUAUAGCUCAGUGGUGUUCUGAGAUAAAUUCAUUUACUGAAAGACAUGCAGAACAAGGAAAGGCCUUGCUUAUCCAAGAGUCAAGAUGGAAGUUACCACACCUACUACAGUUGCCUGAGAAUUAUAAUACCAUUUUCCAGUACUACCACAGAAAAACCUGCAGUGUCUGCACCAAGGUUCCUAAAGACCCUGCUGUUUGCCUUGUUUGUGGCACUUUUGUAUGCCUGAAAGGACUUUGCUGCAAGCAACAAAGUUACUGUGAAUGUGUAUUGCAUUCUCAGAACUGCGGUGCUGGCACGGGGAUUUUCCUCCUGGUCAAUGCGUCGGUGAUCAUCAUCAUCCGAGGGCACCGCUUCUGCCUGUGGGGCUCAGUGUACCUGGACGCGCACGGAGAGGAAGACCGGGAUCUUAGGCGAGGCAAGCCUCUCUACAUUUGUAAGGAAAGAUACAAAGUUCUUGAACAACAGUGGAUCUCUCAUACUUUUGAUCACAUCAAUAAAAGAUGGGGUCCACACUACAAUGGGCUCUGACUCACCACCUCAGCACUGCAUUAUAUUAUCAUUUUCAUUAAGAAUUUAUCAACAAUAAGCUUUAACUUAAUUUGGGGGAUUAACACUUUUGCUGAGGGGAAAAAAAGAAAACUUACGUUAUGAAGCCUUUCCAAAAUUAGGUGCUUGGUAAUCACAUUAAUGGUAUAAUAAUUUUAAAAAGUAUCUGGAGAACAUAAGUUACAAGUUAGAUCAUUCUUUAGUGGUCAUUUAAAAAAAAUCUACAAUUAAUAAGAAGCACAAUUUGACAAAAUUAUUUAAAACUGAUUCUCCCAGCAAUGCAUAUCAAUGAUUCAUUGAUACUUAGAGUGGGUGUGAUUUAUUUAAAGUUUUACUGCUUCUUUAUGUCUGUGUGUUAAUUUGCAUCUGCUAAACAUAAUGCAUCUUUUCCCCUCACCAUUCUUGUGUUGAUUUGAGAUUUUUGCUGUAUGUAAUUAGAAAAAAAUGUAAAACAUGAUUUAUGUGAAAUAUUGUAUAGUAAAAGUUGGUUUAAUAGUAGAACUUUAAAAUGUUUUCUUAUUGUGAGGAAUCUGUUAAAGUUUAAGGCUUUGCUGAAAACUUAAUUCAUUCUCAGGAAUUUCAUAAAUAUUCUCCCCAGGUAAAUAAUUGAAAUAAUUGUAAAAUAAGUAGAUAGCUGCUGUUAAUAUAAUACAGUACAUUUUGGGAGAUACAUGAGUGCUUGGGGAAGGGAGCCCUUAAAAUCAAAAUUUUCCAUUUCAGUUGGUUGAAUUACUGGAGGUAGUAACAAAUAGAUUUGACUAUAAAAUUAAGUUUUAAGAGCAUACACAUGGCAGAUUUUGAAUCUGCUGAUGCCCAUCUUUUAUUACCAACCACACUUUUUUUUUUAAUGACUGGAUUGGAAAUGCUCAGACUUCCCCACAAAUGAAGCAUAGUUUUGGAACUUUCCUUUCAACUCAAGAGGUUCAUCUAUAUAUUUGUGCAAUGUAAUCACUGCUAUUUCUGCUUGGUUUCCUAAAAAGGGGGGAAAAGGCUCAGUGGUGAGGACCCUCAUGAAUGAACCUCACAUCUGCAUUCUUCUUAAGUGCUGUUGUGAAAAGCAAUUUAUGUUUGUAGGGUUUUUAAGUCAGAAUGGGAAUGAUUGAGCUAAACUCUAUUAGAAGAGAAGGAAGAUUACAGAAAAGCAUGUUAUAUAUUGCUGCCGUUUUUUUUCCUUCCAAUUAAUUAAGUUGAUGAUUAUUUCAUACUUAGUGCUAUCAAGCAAUUCCAGAUACUUUGGACUGAACAUGGCUUGUUAUAUAAAAUUACAUUUUUACAUAUAAAAAUAACCUAAAAAACAUCUAGUGGUAAAAUAUAAAAAGUCAGAUCUAGCUUCUAAAAAUCAUGAAUGACAUGAUAUUACAGAAUAUGCAAGUGGACAUUAAAUGAUGGCCUUGGUUAAAGUAGAGAGAGCAGAACAGUACAUACUCAAAUGUGUUCAAAAAGUAAAAAAAUUACCUAUAGCUCUACAAUAAAAUACAUGGAAAUAGCUUGCUAUUUUUAUAUACAUUUCCAAAAUAUUAAGAUAACUUUCUGAAAGAUUAGAAUGAUUCUGUUUAAAUAGCUGUCCUUUCCAACUCAUUGCUACUUUUUACAGUAAUGUAUCAUAAGUUCAGCCUACCAUAUUUUUUUUUGCAUCAGUCAUUAUGAAUACCAGACCAUUUGUAAGUGUGGUUGAAGAGCAAAAUGCUAAUUUACAUCUCUAGUAAAUACUGUUUCAGGAUUCAUGAACUUGAAUAAUUCUACAGUUUGAAACUCUGAUGCUAUAUAUACAUGGUAUAAUGUAUUCAGACUUUGAUUACUACAUAUUUAAAAUGGAAUGUUUUAUGGUUGUGCAUAUGGAUGUGAAGUGAAAUAUUUAGCCUUAACAUUAAAAUUUGGGUUUGAUAGUGUUUAUUUUGAUAUUGGUGAAUUAGUCACCAAUAAAUUUUUUAAAAGCACUUGGUUGAAAAUUGUACUUGAAUUCAUACAUGCAUGCUGCUAAACUAGAACUUUAAUUUCCCCCCCAUAAUUUUUUUAAGUACCAUUUAUAAAUCCACUUUUAAAAAUAACAGAUCCAAGUUAGAGUGCUGUGUGUAUAUUAUUCAAAAAAUGUACUGGUGUGAUACCUUGUAUGAAUGAUCAUUUAAAUACAGUACAUUACUGUAGAAGCUAAAUCAAUCUUUAUAAUUAAGCAAAAAUUAUAAACCUAGGAAUAAUCAACAUUGUAAGAUAUGUUAAUAAAAACCUACUGUCAUUUGGUUUGUGAAAGGUCCUUAAAAUGUUUAAUGUUUACAUGUUUUUUCAAAGAUAUUGACAAUAAUGUAUGUAAGUGAGCACGGCUCAAAAGAUGAAAGCAUAACAUAGCUAAUAAUUGCUUUGAGGUGGAGUUUAAGUGUAAAGGGUUUGUUUUUUCUUUUUUCUUUUGAGAGCUAGUUCCUAUUUCUGCUAUCCUUGUGUUAAAAUUAAUGCAAAGCCUUUGCUAAGUGUAUGUGUUUUGGAAAGGAGUGGGGAGAAGAAAAUGGUUGUGCAGAUCUGAGGAACACUGCAUGGUCCUUGCUUUCUGAAAAUUCCCAGCUGGACUUUAGAAAUCUGAAGUGAUUCGUGAUAAUGGUCUUUUUGAAUGGUCUGUGGAGGUGUUUGAAUUGACAGUCCUCAUCCCUACCCCUCCAUCCUGGAGCUCACCAGCCAAUCAUCACCAGCCAGUUAGGAAUCCAUUUAUGUUUACAAACCUUUCUUUCUGCUUUAUGUGUUUUGAUAUUUAUUGAUUUCUUUGACCUAGAAGAAAUGCUGACAAAAGCACUGAAAGCUUGGAGAGAACAACAGCACGAGAGGAGAGGUGGCCCAGGAGUCUCUUGAGUCUUCUCCAGGAUUGUGAUUGCUAAUUCUCAAGUUCCCAUUCUUGGCUCAUAUUUGAGGUCAUGUUGACAACAACAAACCCCAAAAGAAUGCAACAUAGUUUUAACCACUAGAAUCACCAAGACAAGAUACAUUUAUUGUAGCUUGGGGUUAUGCCUGACACUUGAGAAUUAGUGGGAGAGCAGAAGACUUGUUACUGUCUCAGUUCCAUUCACAGCACAUAGUUCUUUCUUUUAUCUUUGUGAUCUGACUGGAUCAAGCUCAUCAGGGGUGAGCUGGAGUGGGCAGAAGGAUGGCAAUGUCAUCACUUCUCGAUUUGUGAACUUCAGGCUCCCUUGAUAAUGAGGCAUAUCAAGUAUUGAAGAGCUGUACCAUCUUAGUGUGCAGUAAUCUAGCAGUGGAGAGGAUGCCACUCCAGCUGAUGCAACACAAUGAAGAAGCAUAGUGAUACCAUGAGUGAGUUAAGUUAAUAUGAAAUAUGACAGUACCAAGAUUGAUGUGGCAGAGCUCAAGAGCAGGCCAGAGAAGUAGGUUCAAGGGCACAGAUAAAUAGUUCAGCUUGAGAGGAAGGAAUAGGGGCAAGAGAAAGGAAAGAAAGUUUAAAGGAAGGAAAGGAGUCCUAUCCAUUUCCCUCUUACCUCGGUGACAGAGUAGCAGGAUCAUCUGUUGAGAGUGAGCAAGUGUAGAAUAACUUGGGCGCUUGAGGUAAGUGGUGAAAGUUGAGACAUAUGGUAGGAGAGAAUAGGCUGGGAAUAAGGAGAAGCACCGCAGAAGUCCUAUUGAGGGCCCAGUAGGGUUAGGAGCCAUAUUUUAAUGGAGCCAGUUAGAAAGGUUUUGUGACUUUAUGAAGCCCCUGAGCCCAACAGUCUAGGACCGGAAGGGUAGAAGUUAGACUGCUAAAUUCAUGUUUUGGGGAUUUGAGAGGUGGGUACAAUGUAAGGUAGUAAGAAAUUUGGGGGUGCUAGUUGAAAUGAGUGUAGGGUCCAUGUGGGAUAAAUUGAAGGGUAUAAUAUAAAUCACAAGAUUUAAUGUAAGCUUUCAAAGUUUUCUUUCAAAGUUAUGGAAAUUGCUUUAGUGUUGAAGCAUUAAAAUUCACUUAUUUAGUAAA